AUGUCUGUCUCUACCCUCCUCUGCACGAAACUCGGCCUCCGCUGCCACCGCACCACCACGGUACCCCUUGAAGUGGUCGUCGAAGUUAUCCAAGCAUCUCGCAGCUUCGUCCAGACCCUUGCCGACGCGAACAAGGUCCUUACGCUGCUUAAUGCCUUUACACUCCUCAUUAUGCUGGCACUCCUCGGCAUCAUCGGCGUCGGUGUGGUGGAUGGUGAUGUGCGCAAGGCGUACCGCACUCGACUUGCUGUCAUAAGCUCCGGCAUCAAGGGCGGUUUCUUGUGCGUUGCGCACUACGUUUCGACUGCCUUCACUGAACUACCAAGCGUCACCUGCAGACUCAUCGCCCCACUGCGUUCUCACAGCUCCAUCGGCGCCAAUUGGACCGCUACUCACGUCCCCUUAUGUCGCAACAUCCCGGUGGAGCGCUUCUCCGACUCGUGGACCUUGGUCAACACUCCCGAUCCCACUACGCAGAGACCGAAUACUGUGAAGGAGGAAGAGAAGGACAUUCAGAUUGGCUGGAAUAUAGUGGAGAAGUGA